AUGUGCUUGGCCCAGUACCAGACCCGCUUGGUCCUCUACGUCCACUCUUCAUCAGGUCCCCAUGCCGGACAAUGGCGCGCCGUCGCAUUUGAUGGCUGGACCGCCCUCCUCUCAGGAGUCAGUGUCCAUGUGCUAUCCGCUGUUACGGUCGGAAAGCGCUACUACGCGCACGGGUGCUUCUGUUGGGCGGUAUGUGCGAUGGACAAGUUGCUCAUGCUCGACACGGCCACCACGGAGUUCUCCACCGUCGACCUUCCGUCUGAUCUCAUGAAUCACGAGCUGGCCUUUGUGGAAGCAAGCCAAGGGAGGCUUGGGAUGUUCGCUCUCAGCCAAACUCCCACACACCGCGUGCCUCGCCUCCGGUAUUCCAUUUUGGUUAGCACUGGGGACGACGACCCAGGGCAGUGGCAAAAGAAAAAGGUGGUCAAAUUGUCCCAUGAUCACCUCUAUCGGAUCAUUGGUGUAGCUGGGGGGUACCUGCUCCUGUAUGUGGUUACAGACGACCCGGAACCGUACCAUCCGGAUAAAGUGCCGGACCCGGGCUGCUGCUUCUCACUGAAUCUUCGCACUAUGGAUCUUGAGCGCUUCUCUCAGAAUAGUGACAUAAUGCCAUUGCAGGACCAACUGUAUUCGGGCUUCCCGCCAUACUUGUCUCCACCAACUAUUUGA